AUGGCCUCGCAAGAUCAACUUCAAUCCUUUCCUUCUAAGCCGCGCGUGUUUAUCUUAAGUGACAUCUCCAAUGAACCGGAUGAUGCGGAGUCGCUCGUCCGCUAUCUACUAUAUUCCAACCAAUUCCACACAGAGGGGCUGGUCGCCUGCACUUCAACCUGGAUGAAGAACAAGGUCUGUCCGCAGGACAUGCACAAGAUCGUAGACGGGUAUGAAAAAGUUGUCGACAACCUCAAUGCCCAUGCCCACCCAGACGAUCCAUACCCAACAGCCGAAUACCUAAGAUCCCAAAUCAAGAAAGGUGCAGAGACAUACGGCAUGACCGCCGUCGGCGCCGAUAUCCCCCUCAGCGAGGGCGCUGAGCACCUCCUACAGCGCAUCCAAGCACCAUCCACCUCCCCACUCUGGAUCCUUUGCUGGGGCGGCACGAACGUGCUCGCCUCUGCUCUGCUAAAACUCCAAACAACGCACUCCCCUGCCGCUUUCGCAGCGCUGCGCGCCAACCUACGCAUCUACACCAUCUCCGACCAAGACGACAGCGGCCUGUGGUUGCGCACCACCUACCCGGACCUAUUCUACAUCUGUUCCGUACACGGCUGGAACCAGUACGGGAUGGCGGCGUGGACGGGCAUCUCCGGCGACGCCUGGUACGGGUUUGACAAGGGCGGGCCGGACCCCGCGACGAUCAGCAGGGAGUGGAUCCGCGCGAAUAUCCAGAUCGGUCCGCUCGGCGGCACGUAUCCCGAUUUCAUGUUUAUUCCUGAGGGCGACACGCCGUCGUUUCUGUAUCUGGUGCAGAAUGGGCUGGGGGUGGCCGAACGGCCGGAGUUUGGAUCUUGGGGUGGCCGGUAUAUUCCCACGGAUGUUAGUGGGCGGUUUGGGGAUGGAGAUGGGCGUGGUGGGCAUUUUAGUGAUACGCCUGAUGAGGUGGAGGGGCUUGAUGGCCGCGGGUAUAAGUCUAACCAGGCGACUAUUUGGCGCUGGCGCGAGGCUUUCCAGAUGGAUUUUGCGGCAAGGAUGCAGUGGUCGCUUUCGGGGGAUGUGGGGAGCGCGAAUCACCAUCCUGUUGCUGUGGUGAAUGGGACUAGGGGUCCUGCGCCGCUGGUGCUUGAGCUGGAGGCUGGUUCGACGGUUACGCUGGAUGCUUCGGCGUCGUAUGAUCCGGAUCCUAACGAUUCUCUGGCCUUCAAGUGGUACCAAUAUAAGGACCCUAGUGCCACACAGUCGUCUGUUCACUACGAGGUUGGUGAGUUGGGCAUCAAGGCCCUCAAUGAGGCUGGUAGUGUUGUUGAGAUCACGAUGCCUCCGCCUGAGAAGUGCUGUGUUGAGCUGAUUAGCCGCAAGGCGAUGCAAAGGGGGCAGCUGCUGCACCUAAUUUUGGAAGUCAAGGACAACGGAUCUCCUGCGCUGAUUACUUACCGGCGCGUUAUCAUUCAAGCAACCAACGAGAAGCUGCUCGGUGGCGGCGGCGGGGCUGAUUCUAUCGGCGAGACUUUGAAAGACGUUAUACAGUAG